UUCGAAGAAGAAGGUGAGUGCCAUGACACACCGCACAGCUGCCUGAAACAACGACAGCAAAGAAUGAAAAUAUUAUUUUGAUUUGGUUAUAUUUCAGCGUUUGUAAAUUCAAAGGAGAUUGUCUUUAGUUGUACACCAUGGAGCCGACAGCGCCCAAAAGCAAGCUGAAGAAACUGAGUGAAGACAGUCUAACAAAACAACCAGAGGAGGUCUUUGAUGUUCUGGAAAAACUUGGUGAAGGGUCCUAUGGCAGUGUGUUUAAAGCCAUCCAUAAGGAGUCAGGCCAGGUGGUGGCUAUCAAACAGGUGCCUGUUGAGUCAGACCUCCAGGAGAUCAUCAAGGAGAUAUCCAUCAUGCAGCAGUGUGACAGCCCCUAUGUGGUGAAGUACUAUGGCAGCUACUUUAAGAACACAGACCUGUGGAUAGUGAUGGAGUACUGUGGAGCCGGCUCUGUUUCAGACAUCAUCAGACUACGCAAUAAGACGCUCACAGAGGAUGAGAUAGCCACCAUCCUCAAGUCCACAUUGAAAGGUCUGGAGUAUCUGCAUUUCAUGAGGAAGAUCCACAGAGACAUCAAGGCAGGCAACAUUCUCCUCAACACAGAGGGCCAUGCCAAACUGGCUGACUUUGGAGUAGCGGGACAACUCACGGACACGAUGGCAAAGCGGAACACGGUGAUCGGGACUCCGUUCUGGAUGGCUCCAGAGGUCAUCCAGGAGAUAGGAUAUAACUGUGUGGCAGACAUCUGGUCCCUGGGCAUCACCUCUAUAGAGAUGGCUGAGGGCAAACCUCCCUACGCUGAUAUACAUCCCAUGAGGGCUAUUUUCAUGAUCCCAACCAACCCUCCACCUACGUUCAGGAAGCCUGAGCUGUGGACAGACGACUUCACACACUUUGUAAAGAAAUGUCUGGUGAAGAACCCAGAGCAGAGAGCUACAGCCACGCAGCUACUACAGCAUCCGUUCAUCACGGCAGCCAAGCCAGUCACCAUCCUGAGAGACCUGAUCACUGAGUCCAUGGAGAUGAAGGCUAAGAGACAACAGGAGCAGCAGAGAGAGCUGGAGGAGGAGGACGACUCUGAAGAGGAGGUGGAAGUGGACUCCCACACCAUGGUGAAGUCUGGGUCAGAGGGGGCUGGCACCAUGAGAGCUACCAGCACCAUGAGUGACGGAGCUCAGACCAUGAUCGAGCACGGCAGUACCAUGUUAGAGGCAGACCUGGGAACCAUGGUCAUCAAUAGUGAUGAGGAGGAGGAGGACAACGAUGAAGGCUCAAUGAGGAGACACCCCACUUCCCAGCAGGCCCUGAGACCCUCCUUCAUGGACUACUUUGACAAGCAGGACUCUAAGGUCCAACAGGAGAGCUAUAACCAUAACCGGCAGCAGGAACCAGGCUAUCACAUCAGCCAGGCUAAGAACGUCUUCCCUGACAACUGGAAGGUUCCGCAGGACGGAGACUUUGACUUUCUGAAGAACCUUGACUUUGAGGAGCUGCAGCUGCGUCUGACGGCUCUGGACCCCAUGAUGGAGAGAGAGAUCGAGGAGCUGCGCCAGCGCUACACCGCCAAGAGACAACCCAUCCUCGACGCAAUGGACGCCAAGAAACGCAGACAGCAGAACUUCUGAAGAGCCUGACCUGAGGAACACAUUCUGACCUGGGCCCGUGUUCAUACAGCGUCUCACAUUCCAGAGUGCAGAUCUAGGCUACGGUCCACUUUCCAUGUAAUCUUAUUCCUUAUGAUCUAAAAGGCAGAACUGCUGAGGACCUUAGAGAAGGCAUGGUGCUUUCUGUUAAGACCUGACCAAGGGAGAGGAGAGACCUGACAGCUCUCUGGAAUUUAAUUAAACUUGUGCUCCUUAAUGUCCAUUUUCUCAUCACCACCCCAGUAGUCAGGAUGACUCCAGUCCACACUAUUUUCCCAUUGCUCUGGACUAAUGUAACAAUUCUUAGCCUCCCCAUCUGUUAAUGAUGAACCUGUAGGUAGCCUCCCUCUCUGUUAAUGAUGAACCUGUAGGUAGCCUCACAUCUCUCUGUUAAUGAUGAACCUGUAGGUAGCCUCACAUCUCUCUGUUAAUGAUGAACCUGUAGGUAGCCUCACAUCUCUGUUAAUGAUGAACCUGUAGGUAGCCUCACAUCUCUGUUAAUGAUGAACCUGUAGGUAGCCUCACAUCCCAAAGUAUAAUUUUCCUAAAGAUGUUUCUCCCCUUUUCAAAGCGUCCUUUGACUGAUAAAUACUAGCUGGGUUUCUCCUAGCUCUGCUACUGUUAUCAGGCUCUUGGGGAAAUUACCAGCAGUAAUGGAUAAUAAUAUUAAAGUUACUUGUAGACUUUCUGCAUUGUCAUUUCAGAAAAUGUCCAGAAUAUAUCUGCAGUAAUAGUGGAAUGAUAGUGUUUUACACAACCCAAAAAAUGUUUGAUUGACAACAACAGCCAGACUGGCUUGUGUUGUCAAGAUGGGAAAACUGCACCCUCCCCCUCCCAUCGGCGUCACUAAGAGGCGUGGUCAUCUCCUCGAGCACAACCAACAAUGGCAGACUGGGUAAAGCGCCCAAUCACUCUUUCCUGGUUACCACAGUUCUACACUCUUUUCUGGUUACCACAGUUCUACACUCUUUCCUGGUUACCACAGUUCUACACUCUUUCCUGGUUACCACAGUUCUACACUCUUUCCUGGUUACCACAGUUUAUUUUAUUUUUACAGGGACAGUGCACAUUAAUCAACGUUUCAGUAAAAGUGCCGGUUUUAGCCAGCCGGCUAAUUUUCAACCGCAGUCCCUGGGCAGGUUAUUAAAAACAAUUACAAGUUCUACACUCUUUCCUGGUUCCCACAGUUAUACACUCUUUCCUGGUUACCACAGUUAUACACUCUUUCCUGGUUACCACAGUUAUACACUCUUUCCUCAAUUCCUGUUUAUGUGAGAACAUAUAGUUGGGAAUCAUUGUACCAUCUAAAUUGCUGUGAAAUAUAUAUUUUUAAUAGCAAAAAAUAUAGUUUUUACAGCUAGUUGAUGGAUGAAAUGUAAAGUAAAAUAGUCUUACCACAAUGCUCCAGGGAAAUAGCUGUUGGAACACUCCACUAUGGUAGAGGCAGCCAGACUGGUGGACGGUAGAGGAGGGGAUCAAUGGGAGCCCCGUGGUGUUUGUUUGAUAUUAUCAGGAUGUAAUACUCUAUAUAACCCAGUUACGGAAAGCUGUGACGCUUUGUCCACGACCAAAGACUGUCUUAAUGAGAACGAAAGAGCAAUGAAUCCACAUGAUCUGAGUGGACAGGCUCCUUUUCUAGGAACUAGAUCUGAAAACCUAAUGGAGGUGAUGUGACCCCAAUAGGAACUAAGCUGAGCAAAAAUAUAAACACAACAUGUAAAGUGUUGGUUCCAUGUUUCAUGAGUUGAAAUAAAAAAAUCCCAGAAAUGUUC